CCCCCGCCUAUCUUGCGCGUGUUGGCCCUAGCUUGUCGGCGGACAACGUCCUCCACAUCGGACAACCCCAGCUGUCCCCACAAAACGGCACUUCAAACUGGGGUAAUCUGGGCCAAUGCACUAGCAGUCGCGAGUGAUUAUUGCUGCCGAAACGCACGCUCAUUCGCUGGAAAGUCGCCGAGUGUAGGAUCUCCCUUUGCGUCGACUUGUCUAUAUAGCUGGGGACACAUCAACACCAGGAAAUGCCCAUCUUGUUGCUGCACCACUAAGAUCUCGAAGUCCAUCUUCAACAUGACAUCUUUCAGGAAGGCAUUUGCCCUGUCCAAGGACGAGGUCAACAACGCCACACCGCCAGGCACGACGACGCUCGUUGAACACCUCGAAUGGGCUGCAUCGCAACAAGGCCACGAUGAGAUCCGUCUAGUACCCCAGCCUUCCGCGGAUCCCGCAGACCCCUUGAACCUCCCAACGUGGCGCAAACUGGCCAUGCUGUUCUGCAUGUCCGUGCAUCCGUUCGUCGUCAACUUCACGAGUUCGUCCCUCUCCAGUGCGCUGCCAAUCUACGCCGGGUCACCCAUCUUUGGCCUGCCGCCGAAGCCGUUCUCGGAACUGACCUACCUGGUCGCCGUCAACAUCCUGAUGAUGGGGUUUUCGAACCUGUGGUGGGUGCCGCUGUCGAACACAUUCGGACGCAGGCCCGUUGUCCUCGGCAGUCUUUUGUUGCUUAUCUUUUCGAGCAUGUGGGCUGGCCUGACGACGAACUUCAAUAGUCUGCUGGCCGCUCGUCUGUUCAUGGGUAUUGGAAGUGGUCCUGCUGAUGCUGUCUCACCCGAGGUUGUUGGCGAGAUCUUCUUCGUGCACCAGCGUGGGCGCGCCAUGGCUAUCUACACGGUGUUUUUGACCUUUGGCUCCCUCGUCGGAGGCAUUGCUGGCGGCUACAUUGUGGCAUCAAUGGGCCUCGUCUGGAUCCACUGGAUGAACGUCAUGCUGUCGGCAAUCACCUUCGUCCUGUGCCUCGUCUUCCAAGCCGAGACCCUCUUCGACCGACCCCAAUGGCUCAACGACCUCGAAGUCGAAGACGGCAAAGACCACGUCGAGCACAAAGAAGCCCUCUCCAAUGUCCAACCACCCCCGUCCACCUACCCGCCAUACACCUACCUCAAGUCCCUGCGCCUCAUCACCUACCGCCCGGGCAUCGCGCAAAAGUUCCUCGCGCCCUACAAGACCAUGCGCCUCCCCGGCGUCUGGCUCAUCUCCGCCUGGUACGCCGGCCUCGUCGGCCUCAUCGUAACAAUCAGCACCAUCGGGCCACAGCUCGUCGCCGCACCACCCUACCUCUGGGGCGCUGACGUCGGCCUGAUCAAUGUCGGCGGCCUGAUCGGCGCGCUGCUGGGCUGCAUCUACACCUACCUCAUCGCCGACUGGACCACGAAACGCACCGCGACGCGCAACGCGCACGGCUACGCCGAGCCCGAAGCCCGCCUCGCCACCGCACUACCUGCGCUCUUCAUCGCCACCGCCGGCGCCCUCGUCUUCGGCUUCACAGCCCAGAACCCCUCGCCGCUUGGCUGGGUCGGCCUGCAGUUCGGGCUCGGCAUGGUCGCCUUCGGGCUCAUGCAGGCGCCGUCCGUGGGCUUCAACUACCUGAUCGAAGCGUACACGAGCGUCGCGGGCGACUGUUUCGUGGCGGUGACCAGUGCGCGCGCAGUGGUGAGUUUUGCCUGGACGUUUUUCGUCGGCGAGUGGGUGCAUCACGAUGGGCCGGCGGAGGCGUUUGGGAUUUUCGGGAUGCUGAUGGGGGUUUUCGCGCUCAUGACGGUGCCGGUGCUGAUCUGGGGGAAGAGGCUCAGGAUCUGGACGGCCAAGUGGGUGCCCGAGGGGCAUGCGCAGUGAUUGCAACAACUGUGGUGGAGUUGUGUUCG